GAGCCGGCGACCGCGAAGAGCAGCGGAUGGCCCUGUUGGCCCGGCAGGCGUCACUGAUGGGGGCCCUGGCUCAGAGCGGCGGUCGCCAGCCCGACGCGCUGUCGCUCCUCGCGGACGGCGGGCGCGACGAGGGGCUUGGCGAGAGCUCUGGCAUGCGACUUGGCGGCGCGCGCGGCGCCGCCGCCCUGGAGCUGUUCCGACGCCGGGACCAGAGCAGCCCCCAGGCCGUCUCCGCCCUGGCCAGGCGGAAUCGCCAGCUCAACAUGACGGGUGCUGCGAGCGAGGAGGGCAUGAGCGACUCCACGCGGAACUACUUCGCCCGCAACGUCCCGUUCGGGCAGGCGAGGUCGUCGGCCUUCCUGGUGUUCGGCAUGGCGGAGGUGUUCGACCUGAUGGAGCGCGGCUCGUGGCACGCCGCCGAGGCCCAGCUGGCGCUCCUCCUCUGCGCGUCGGAGCAGGCGGCCCUGAGGGAAUGGCGCUGGACGUCAGCCUGGCUGCUGACUCACCUGCCCGAGCCGCCCUGGACUUCGAUCCGCCAGGCGCCGGCCCGCGGGCAGAUCCGCCCCAUGUCCCGCUUGGCCUCGCCCGAGUGGGUCGCUGCAGCGAUCGGCUACACCAAGGACACGCUGGCCCUCGAGGACGCGGAGCGGAGGCUGGCGGGCGGCAGCAAUUCACUGGACGUGGGCAUUCGCUGGGGCUUUGGCCUGAUCCGCCGCCUGCGCGGGCUCCGCACGGCCUUCGGCGCCUUCGUCCGCUCCUCCAUGCACGCCGCUGGGUUCCAGGAGGUCAACGCCGUCGUCCUCGCGCUCUCCCACCUGCACCUGGGCGAGUCGCGGAGCCGCCCGCCGCGCGCCCGCGCUGGGAGGCCUCUCAGUUCGUCUCAGUCCGAGAUGGUGUCCAGGCUGAGUAGGCUUGUGCGACCGAUGUGCCGGCCCCUGCAAUGGCAAGGUGGCCGCGUGGAGAAGGCCGACGCUCUGCUCGACUAUCUCCUGAAUGCGAUGCAUCUCCCCGUGGGCGCUGCGGCGCCCUCUCCUGACUGCGAGGUGACGACCGUUGACCCGAGCAAGGCCCCCUUCGCCAAGGCCGGGUGCCAUUUUGACCCCCUGGCGUUCCUGGCCCCGUUUGCCGCCGCCACGUUCUUGGAGCCGCGGCUGCUGGCGCGGGAUGGGCCGGGCGCCGGCGGGCAAGCCGGCAAGCCUGGCGACCUCCUCGAGUACCUGAAGCAAUGGGACGACGUGGGGCGAUUGGAGCUGGUCGACGCGGCCGACUCCCCGCAGGUGCCUGCUGGUUCCGUCCUUCGCGUCUGGGCGGACGACCUCCAGGACUUCUGCCCCGCCUUUGACUGCGCCUACGACAUGGCUUGCACCAACGACGUGGCGCCCCCCCUCCCGACGAGGCUCUACGAGGGCUUCGCAGCGCUGGGCCGGCUUCGGAGGCGCUGCCGUCGUGAGGGCCGCGAGCUCCCCGAUAAAGUGGUUCCCUGCCACGGCGGCCUGAUCAUGGGGGGCCUGAACGCGCCCGACUGGGCGUGCGAGUCCCGCAUGCGACUGCUCGCCCAAGCCGGCAGCUCCCCCCCAGAGCGGCGGGUGCUGAACCGCCACCUUGCCCCCGAGGGGUCUGCCUGGGAGGGCGUCGUGCUGGACGACCACUUCGGCCUGGCUGUCGACGCUCCGGGCUCGCGGGAAGCUCGGCGAGCAAUCGAGGAGUCCUUCGCCCGCGCGCGCGAGGGUUAUGCGAAGGCUGGCUUCAGGGUCAGCGCUGGCAAGGAGGUGAAGGACGCGGCGGAGGCGACGGUCAUCGGGGCAGAGCUCCUGGGCCAUGACCGGCUCGUCGGCGCCUCCCGCACCCGCAGGCUGGCACUGGCCUGGAUGGGCCUGUCCAUGGUCGACGUCGACCGCAACCCGCACGAGGUGUUCGACCUGAGCAGCGCGGCCUGCAACGAGUGCGCCCUGUUCGCGGUCCUCCUCCCGCUGAUGGCCACCGACCUCUCCGCGGGCUGGGGCCCGCGCGUUCUGGCCUCGGACGCCUCGCACUUGGCCGGAGCGUCCGUCAAGACGCCGGCCUCAGCGCCCGCCGCCAGAGUUUUCUGGCGCCAGCGCGAGCAGCGAGGCGCUCGCACGUGGCUGUACCCCUCAGGCUGGGCUGCCCUGGCCAACCCCGAGGACGGCGCCGUCCUGCAGGACCUGGAGGAGGAUGCCGCACCUCCCCCUGGCGUCGUCGACCCGACGGCCUCGCUCAUCGAGUACUUCGACGUGCUGGAGCUCUGCUGCGGGGAGGAGGCCCGCCUCAUGGGCUACCUCUCGGGCCGGGGCCUGCGCACAGGCCCGAGGAUAGACAUCAAGUGCCACAAGUAUUGGGACCUGGUCGACUCGCGCCUGGCGGAGUGGAUAGUAUGGCUUAUCUGGCAGAGGCGCGUCAAGAUGACCAUAUCACAGGUUCCAUGCACCAGCUUCUCGAUCGCGAGGCACCCGAGGCUCAGGUCCAGGAUGCGGCCCUGGGGAUUCGACCCAUCCUCGACCCCGGCGCAUCUGGGGGACGUCCUUUUCAGGGUGGGCAUGCUGGCGCUGUUCGCCCACCUGAUCUCUGGCCACGGGACCGGUUUGCACGAGCACCCCCUGACGGCCUACUCCUGGUGCACGCACAUCGUCGAGUUCCUGCUGACGCACAAGGCCGUGGACCGCUUCGACCUCUCGAUGUGCCAGUUCGGCGCGCCCUGGAAGAAGGACGCUAGCCUCCUGGUCGCGCGGGGCUCCUGGCUGGCGCCUAUGGCGAGGCGCUGUCGCGGAGGGCACAAGCACACCGUCUUGGAGGGCGGCCUGACUCCCAAGGCCGCGCUCUACCCGCACGGCUUCUGCGACGAGCUGUCCAAGCUGAUCGCCGACAACCUGGGCGGGCCGACCCCGCCGCCCCCGGCGGAGAGUUCGGCGCCCGCUGGAGCGUUCGAGGCCCUCUGGCUGAACGACUACGUCAGCUUCGCUCCCUGGCAGCUGCACUGCCACCGCCUUUUCCGCAAGCCCCUCCACAUCAACCUGCUGGAGAUCGACGCAGCUUGCGACGCGGUGGACGAGCAGGGCCUACGGUUCCCUGAUUGCAAGCACAACCUCCUCCUGGACUCCCGCGUCUCGAUCGGGGCCAUCAGCAAGGGCCGCUCCUCGUCGACUGCGAUCAACAAGCUCUUGAGAAGGAGGGCCCCGUUGCAACUGGCCACGGGUUCGUACGUCGGGUGCCACUUCGCGCCGACGCGCCUGCAGCCAGCCGACGCCCCGUCGCGCACGCUCCGCGACCCGGCGAGCGCUCUGGCCCGCGGGGCCGAGGCUCCGCCUCCCGCUCCGUGCUGGCUGGCCGGCCUCGAGGCCGGGGGCGCCUCAGCCUUCCACGCUUGGGCUGCGCUCCCGCUGCAGCGCCGGCAGCAGUCGCGGUGGGCUUGGCUGGUGGCGUGCCUCUGGUGGCGCGGGCUCCUGCGGCUCGCCCCUCGACCGCGGGUGCGCGACCCUGCGCUGGGCUUCCGGGCGAGGGCCCGCGCGGCGGAG